GACCUGACAAGAAAUCAUGGCGGAGGAAAGCUAUGUUUGCACUUUGGAAGAAAAGUACAUUAAGAAAGCAAAAGAUGAAUUAAACGAAAUACCUAGUGAUAGAUUAUCAGCUGUUCAAGCUUUAAGAGACUGGGUUAAUGAGCAAAAACACUUUAAAUUUGAUACAAGUCGGUGUAUUGAAGAAUUUCAUCUUAUUAAAUGUUGAUUAAUACAUGGUCUUUUAUCUUAUAGGAACAAUUAACUUAAUUAGAAUUUUAAGGCACAGUAAAUACAGUCAAGCUAAAGCAAGAGAGACGAUUGAGAAUGUAACCAAGUUCUUUUAUAAGAAUAAAAAUUGCAUUAGCAACUUGGACAGUCAUUCUAAAACUGUUCAAGAAGUGAUUAGAAAAGGACAACUGAUGAUGUUGCCUGGAUACGACGACGAUGGUAGAGUAGUGUUUUUUUAUAAACUAAACGCAAUACCCUUUGAGGAGAUAAAGAAAAAAUAUAGCUUUUUUGAAUUUAUGAAAGUCAUGAAUUUGAUUUUUGUAUCCAUCAUGGAAGAUGAAAUGUUUCAAGUUAAUGGUAUAGUUAUGAUAUUCGACAUGACUGGUAUCAGCCUUAAAAUGAUGUCAAUGUUUAAUGAUCCUGAUUCUCUCAAGUAUAAUAAAGAAAGUCAGAAUGCUCAAGUUGGACGGAUAAAAGGUUUCCAUUACUAUAACGUUGGCGGUCUCUUUGAAACUAUAUUUGCGAUGUAUAAACCCUUCAUGAAGCAGAAACAUAAGGAGAGGUUGCGAGUACACGAAACGCUUGAGUCGCUUUACAAAUAUUUUCCCAAGAGAAUGCUACCUAAUGAAUUCCUACCGGAUGACUACGAUGGACCUAGAGCCGGAAGUCUUUCAGAAAUUGCAGCCCAAACAGCCGAUCGAGUAUACAAAAUGAGAGAUAUCAUUCUGGAUAGAACAAAUUCUGAUAAUCUUUUCUAUGAUGAAAGUAAGAAGAAGGCGGCCGAACCUCUUCAACAUUUUAGGAAACUCAAUAUAGAGUAAAUAAUAAUACACAUGUUAAGCAAUAGAAAAUUGUCUUUUAACAUAUGGUUAAUGAGCUUAAGAAUGAAGCUGAGUUGAUUGCAGUUUAUGAGAAAUUACAACCAUCAAAAGAAAAAGUAUAUUGACAUCCAAAAGAAAAAAAUGUAUUGAAUCAUUAACUAAUCUAUAAGUAACAGUUGGUCAAUUCUAUGAGCUUGUUUUUGGACACAAUUAGUGUUAAAUAUAUUAGUAUAUUAUUCAAUAUUUGCUUUCCAAUUAGAUCUUGUCUAAAUAAACAAGAUACUUUCAAUGAAAAAAGUCUUCAAAUUCCUAUCAAAUAUGGCUUUACAAGACGUUUUAUUU